AUAUUAACGCUAACCGUAGUUAUUAUGAAAUUCCUGUUUACAUAUGGUUUUCUGUUUAUAUUUUAGUUUUCAUUCUAAGUUGAAUUAGCAAAAAAUUAUUUUAUCCUUAAAUUUUUUAUUGUCUCAUAUAUAUGCUUCUUCCGUUUGCGUAUUAUAAAUUUAAAUAAUAUGCAGGUAGAAAUGCCUGAUGUAUUAAAACCUUGCAAUCAGGCAAAUGUUAAUUCUGAUAUUAAAACUGAUGCAUUCGGGCCUAACUUUAAGAUUAUUCUUAUAAAUGAUCAAGUCAGAGAACUUCAAACUGUUAUUCGAGAUAAGAAUACGAAUAGAAGUGAUUUUGUUUUCUAUGCUGAUCGUUUGAUUAGACUUGUUGUUGAAGAAGGUUUAAAUCAACUGCCUUAUAAAAGAUGUUCUAUUACUACACCAACAGGUGGAACUUAUGAAGGUUUGAAAUAUUUGAAAGGAAACUGUGGUGUCAGCAUAGUUAGAAGUGGCGAAGCAAUGGAACAAGGAUUGAGAGAUUGUUGCCGUUCAAUCCGUAUUGGAAAGAUAUUAAUUCAAAGUGAUGAGGACACCCAUGAAGCCCAUGUAGUGUAUGCUAAGUUUCCGGAUGAUAUUUCUUCUAGAAAAGUUCUACUCAUGUAUCCUAUUAUGAGUACUGGAAAUACUGUUAUCAAAUCUGUCAAGGUAUUAAAAGACCAUGGAGUCAAAGAAGACAACAUUAUUUUGCUGAAUUUAUUCUGUACGCCUCAUGCUGCUACUUCUGUGAUGAAAGCAUACCCAACUAUGACAAUACUAACUUCUGAAGUCCAUCCAAUUGCUCCCAACCAUUUUGGGCAGAAAUAUUUUGGCACUGAUUGAAAUUUUGUUUUCUGUUCCUAAAUUGUGUUCAUCACUUUUAGUCUGCUUUAGUCAUACGGUGUACAUCCAACUGUAAAAAAGAUGAGAAAUUUUGUUUUAGUUUUUUUCCCCUUGUGAUAUCAUGUGUAUAAAUAUCAGAAAAUUUAAUUUAUUAUAUUUGUUACAUUUUGCAAUAAAGUGUUUACAUUACAUAUAA